AUGUGGGUUUACAAGCGUAGCGGUACCAGGGAAAAGGUGGCCUUUGACAAGAUCACUGCCCGUCUUGCCAAGCUCGCCUACGGUCUGGACCAGAACUAUGUCGACCCCGUCCGCGUCACCCAGAAGGUCGUGGCUGGUAUCCACCCCGGUGUGACCACCGUUGAGCUCGACACUCUCGCCGCGGAGACUGCUGCUUUCCUCUCAUCCCUCCACCCCGACUACUCCAUCCUCGCUGCCCGCAUUGUUGUUUCCAACCUCCACAAGGAGACCAAGAAGGCGUUCUCGGUGGUUGUUGAGGACCUCUACAAGUGGUGCAACCCCAAGACUGGCAAGCACAGCCCCAUGAUCAGCGAGGAGGUUUACGAGGUCGUCCAGAAGCACAAGGAUGUUCUCGACUCGGCCAUUAUCUACGACCGUGACUUUUCGUACAACUACUUUGGCUUCAAGACCCUCGAGCGCUCGUACCUCCUCCGCAUCGACGGCAAGGUCGCCGAGCGUCCCCAGCACAUGAUUAUGCGUGUCGCCAUCGGUAUCCACGGUGACAACAUUGACAAGGUCCUCGAGACCUACAACCUCAUGUCGGAGCGUUACUUUACGCACGCCUCGCCCACCCUCUUCAACGCCGGUACCCCUCACCCCCAGAUGUCGUCGUGCUUCCUUGUCGCCAUGAAGGACGACUCCAUUGACGGUAUCUACGACACCCUCAAGACCUGCGCCCAGAUCUCCAAGACUGCUGGCGGUAUCGGUCUCCACAUCCACAACAUUCGCGCCAAGGGCUCGUACAUUGCCGGUACCAACGGUUACUCCAACGGUAUCGUCCCCAUGCUCCGCGCCUACGAUGCCACCGCUCGCUACGUCGACCAGGGUGGUAACAAGCGCCCCGGUGCCUUUGCCAUCUACCUCGAGCCCUGGCACGCGGACGUCUUUGACUUCCUUGACCUGCGCAAGAACCACGGCAAGGAGGAGGUUCGUGCCCGUGACCUGUUCUACGCCCUCUGGAUCCCCGACCUCUUCAUGAAGCGUGUCGAGGCCGACGGUGACUGGACCCUCAUGUGCCCCGCCGAGUGCCCCGGCCUCGCCGACGUCCACUCGGAGGAGUUUGAGACCCUCUACGAGAGCUACGAGCGUGCUGGCAAGGGUCGCAAGACAAUCAAGGCCCAGAAGCUCUGGUUCGCCAUCCUCGAGGCCCAGACCGAGACUGGUGGCCCCUUCAUGCUCUACAAGGACGCCGCCAACUCCAAGUCGAACCAGCAGCACCUCGGUACCAUCAAGUCGUCCAACCUCUGCACUGAGAUUAUCGAGUACUCGUCGCCCGACGAGGUUGCCGUCUGCAACCUUGCCUCGAUUGCCCUCCCUGCCUUUGUCGACAUUGAGAACCAGUCGUACGACUUUAAGAAGCUCCACGACAUUUGCAAGGUCGUCACCAAGAACCUCGACCAGGUCAUUACCAAGAACUACUACCCCGUCCAGGAGGCUCGCAACUCGAACAUGCGCCACCGCCCCGUCGGUCUUGGUGUCCAGGGUCUCGCCGACGCCUUCAUGGCUCUCCGCCUGCCCUUCGACUCGCCCGCUGCUCGUGAGCUCAACCUCAAGAUCUUCGAGACCAUCUACCACGCUGCUCUCGAGGCUUCGUGUGAGAUGGCCCAGGAGAAGGGCAAGUACCCCUCGUACGAGGGCUCGCCCAUCUCGCAGGGCAAGCUCCAGCCCGACAUGUGGAACCGUGUCCCCACCGACCUCUGGGACUGGACCGAGCUCCGUGCCAACAUUGCCCAGCACGGUGUCCGCAACUCGCUGCUCGUCGCGCCCAUGCCCACUGCCUCGACCUCGCAGAUUCUUGGCUGGAACGAGUGCUUUGAGCCCUACACCUCGAUGCUUUACGCCCGUCGUGUGCUCUCGGGUGACUUCCAGGUCGUCUGCCCCUGGCUCCUCCGUGACCUCAUCAACCUCGGCAUCUGGGACGAGGAGAUGAAGAACCUCAUCAUUGCCUCGGGUGGUUCCAUCCAGCACAUUCCCAACAUUCCCGACGAGCUCAAGGCCAUCUACAAGACUGUCUGGGAGGUUUCGCAGAAGGCUGUCAUUGACCUCGCCGCCGACCGUGGCGCGUUCAUCGACCAGUCGCAGUCGCUCAACAUCCACCUGUCCAACCCCUCGUUCUCGCAGCUCACCUCGAUGCACUUCUACGGCUGGAAGCGCGGUCUCAAGACUGGUGCCUACUACCUCCGCACCCGUCCUGCUGCCAACGCCAUCCAGUUCACCAUCGACGCCUCGACGCUCAAGAAGGCCAAGAGCCUCCAGGAGGCUGGUAUCGCUCCUACCAAGACGGCUGCUCUGUCAGCCGCCACUGCCGCCAGCCUCGUCGAGCCCCUGCGCAAGGUCUCGAUCUCGACCACUGCUGCCACCACCGCUGUCCCUCCCGAGGUCACUGCCGCCUCGCAGGCCCGCCGCAGCGAGUCGCCUGCUCCCCCAUCUGAGAACGAGGAGAUCACCUACGAGGAGGCCAAGCGUCGCGCAGAUGAGCUGGCUGCCGCUGCCCUGCAGUGCAGCAUUGACAACAAGGAUGCCUGCCUCAUGUGUUCGGGAUAG